UAACACACUAAGAUGAGAAUAAGUGAAACUAGUUCUUCAGAAAAACUUUGAACACAGCAAUGGCUUCUAUCACAUGCAUCACCCACCAACCCAUUACCACUUAUUCUAAGUCUAAGUCCUGUUUGGCUUCCACAAACAGGUUGGGUAGUUGUGAGUUUCUUGGAAGCAGAAAAAGGGUUGGAUGGUUGAGAGCCACAAACUCUGGUAUUAUUAUGAUUGGACCCUCCAAUGGUUCCAAAUCCACAUGCUGGUUCAAGUUUGGUAAGAAUGGUGUUGAUGCUGAAGGUGCUGGAAUUUAUGGUAGCCAGAGCCGUGAUGAUUUUGAUAGAGAUGAUGUUGAACAGUAUUUCAAUUAUAUGGGGAUGCUUGCGGUUGAAGGAACAUAUGAUAAAAUGGAGGCUCUUCUAAACCAAAACAUCCACCCUGUGGACAUCCUACUACUCUUAGCUGCCUCAGAAGGUGACAAGCCUAAAAUCGAGGAACUCCUGCGAGCCGGAGCGAAAUACGACGUAAAAGACGCCGAUGGUCGAACGGCGCUAGAUAGGGCUAGUGAUGAAAUCAAAGAUUUCAUUGUUAAUUUUUCAGUGCAAAGAGCAUGAUGAGUAGUUUGUUUCCAUUCCAUGCUAGUUCAGCCAGCAUAGUUGUUCAGACUAUGAUAACUCUUGAACUGUGCUAGUUUGGUAUUAUUUUAGCCAUUUAUCACAAGCAAUUAAGCAUUUAAUCCA